AGCAGCGAGCGCCCAGCCCGGCCCGGCCCCGCCAGCCGCCCCCCAUGGAGGAGCAGCCCCACCACCACCAUCACCACCACCACUAUUACUACUACGGGCACCACCACCACCACCCGCAGAGCGCCUACCUGCCGCCGCCCGACGGCCGAGCCCAGCCGAAGCCGCCGCUCCGCCACGAGCACAAGCACGGCGGCCCGCAGCACACGGAGGCGCCGAAGCGGAGACCAGGCUACGGAGAGCUAAAUGGUAACGCAGGAGAACGAGAAGUGUCACUAAAGGGCCUGUGCUCUGAUGAAGCCACCGCCCCAGGAUCCAGGGUGCCCAAUGGCAGCCAGCAGCUCGUAGAUUCUAAUGUCACCCCAAAGCAGACUGUGAAGGCCAGUGCUUUGGGGAAAGCUGGAAUCAAAACCAAGAACUUCAUUCAGAAAAAUAGCAUGGACAAAAAGAAUGAGAAGUCCUACGAAAACAAACACAGAGAAAACCAGACCUCAGACAAGCCGGAGGGAGUGUCUGUUCCAAACGGCGUGGUAACCAAUAAUUCCAGCUACAUCACAAAUGGCUACGUAGGCAAAGGGGCCGACAACGAUGGUAGUGGCUCCGAGAGUGGAUAUACUACACCUAAAAAACGGAAAGGCAGGCGCAACAGUGCCAAGGGCUGUGAGAACUUGAAUCUAGUACAGGACAAAAUAAUGCAGCAGGAGGUCAGCGCACCGACCUUGAAACAGGAACUUGAGAGUUUCAAGCCUGAUUAUAGUGAACAAAAGGGGAACCGAAUUGAAAAUACUAAGCCUGUUUGGAAAUAUGAGGCUGGGGCUGGUGGAGCAGGCCGGGGGAAGCCCGGGCUCGGGGAUGUACCGCGGAAAAACUCUGAUGCCAAACCUGGGAUUAGCAGCAAGAAGUUUGAUGACCGGCCCAAAGGGAAGCAUGCAUCGUCGACUACAUCUAAAGAGGACUCAUGGACCUUAUUUAAACCACCCCCAGUUUUUCCAGUGGACAAUAGCAGUGCUAAAAUUGUUCCCAAAAUUAGUUAUGCAAGUAAAGUUAAAGAAAACCUCAACAAAGCGGCUCAAACCCCAUCCACGUCAUCCACGUCGUCCUCAUCGUCUUCAUCAUCUGCUGGGGAAACUCAGGCCCAAACAUCAAAUCGACUGUCCCAAGUCCCCAUGUCUGCUAUGAAAUCUGUCACUUCUGCCAGCUUCUCAAACGGGCCGAUCCUCGCGGGGACCGAUGGAAGUGUGUAUUCCCCAGGGGCCCAGCCACUGCUCUCCACUGCUGCUAGCACUGUACCAUCGACCUCCUCCUCCGAGUCAGUACCCCAGGACACGAGUACAACUUCGACAGCCCUCGAACAAAAGAAAUCUGGCCUUUUUAUCUACCCUUCAAAUAUGCAAACUGUGCUCCUGGGGACAGCGCAAGUCGAUUUCCCUUCACAGACGAAUCAGCAGAACCUGGGGGAUAUCUUCCAGAAUCAGUGGGGCUUGUCUUUCAUAAACGAGCCCAGUGCUGGACCUGAAACCGUUGUGGGGAAAUCUGCGGAUAAUCAGUUAAUGGAAGUGACAUUUCAAGGGGAAUAUCCUGCCACUUUGGUUUCACAGUGUGCUGAAAUCAUUCCCUCAGGAACUGAACAACCCGUGUUUCCUAAGGCUUAUGAGCUGGAUAAACGGACUAGCCCUCAAAUUCUUAGUGCUGUUCUUAAGCCUGGGACUGCUGUUGAGGGUGGUGUCUUAGCUUUGGAGUCGCAUCACACAGGUGACCUACAAAAGGCAGACACCGGUAGCCAAGGUGCUUUAGUGUUUCUUUCAAAAGACUAUGAAGUAGAGAAUCCUCUGGCCUCUCCUACGAACAAUUUGCUAGCCUCCGCCAAAGAACAGAGGUACCAGAGAGGCCUAGAAAGGAAAGAUAGCUGGGGUUCUUUUGACCUGAGGGCUGCUAUUCUAUAUCACACUAAAGAAAUGGAAGCGGUUUGGAAUUUGCAGAAGCAAGAUCCCAAAAGGAUAAUCACUUAUGAUGAAGCCAUGGAUCGCCCGGAUCAAUGAAGGUAGCAAGACAAGACUGCCUGUUAUAACCUUUCUGCAGCAUUUGUGCUGUUCAUGGGGGACAAAAAGGCUUUUAUGCUCCUUCUAAAUCUUCAGUGCAGCAGAGGAACCAUAACUAGAAUCACAGGAUAAUAUAUACAAAUAUAUAUAUAGUUAUUUAAAAAUGGCAACUGAAAGUAAUUAGACUUCUUAAGGAAUCUGAAAAUUUAUUUCAACGAGACUACACACGUGAUUAUUUAAUCUCCGGUACUGAAUAGAUUUUUUUUUCAUUUUUGUUUUGUUUUGUUUUUGUUUAAAGAGUGAAUGCAAGUGAUUAAGGAAUACAGACUCAAUUACAAGCCUGGUUUCAAAGUUCCUGCUGUCGUCUACAUGGGCAGCAGCAACCCACUGGAGAGGCAUUUCCACUUGACAAGGUUUCUGUUUCUUGUUCUGUGACUGUAGUGACACACUAAUCACAGGGAAAUCAGGAUGAUUCACCAUCCUUCAUCUCCUCUUUCCCUUCCACCUCCCCUGUUUGGUUUUGUUUUUUUUUUUCUUUUUUUUUUUUCUGAUUUGUUUUCCAUUGAAUGCUGGAGAAACGCCUUGAAGUUUGCAGAGUUUUGUUUUUGUUUUUUUUUUUUUUUCCAGAGAAUUAUAAUCCGCAUGUUUUACCAGGAGUAAAGCAGCAAUCUUAUGCUGGUGAUAUUGUCUUAAAAGGAUCAUUCUGCUGAGGGAAAAAUGGUAAUACUGCAGUUCUAGGAUGCAUGGUGAAGUCACACAGUUGACCUGGCUCCUGUUACAUGUUGGACUAUUGCAACUGAAGAGUUACUUCAUUUUAAAAGACAACAUGGAAAAAUAAGCAAUCUGUUUAGGCAUUUAAUAUGGAGAAAAAAAAAAAAAAAACAACAAAAAAAACCACCCACUGUUCCCACAGUUUAAUGCCAUUGUAUUACUGGGAGCAAGAAAAAAAAAAAAAGACAAAAAAAAAGUAUCUUCUGCUUUCAACUGUAGGUGCUUCAUAUUUGCUCUGUCUGUCUCCUAACACUAAAUGUGCUGGAUUUUUUUCCCAUUUUCAUUGGAAAACUGAAGAGGAAUUGAGUUCUGCUAACUUUCACCCUUCUUGAAUUAUUUUUUCUCUUUAAAAAAUUUCAAAAUAACAAAAAAAUGAAAAAAGUUUAAAAAAAAAAAAAAAAAAAAAAAUGGGAAUUUGAAUCCUUUUCGAUUUGUCCAUAGAACGCCAAUGGCUGGGCUUCCUGCCCCUUGGAAAUGCUCUUUUAUAUUUUAAUGCAGUCUGUGUAUUUCCGGGCUCUGCUUCUAAUUAUCUCUUAAUAAAAAUAUAUUUUAUUACAAAAAAAAAUGGAGGACUUAGGAAUGAAAAUAAUAAUAUAAAAAAAACAAAAAAAAAAAAAUCCCAGGGAAAGGAAAGCUUCCUAGCAGUGGUAGGGAAGGCUGAGCAGAGUGCAGGCUCCAGCUGUGUAACCCCUCUGUCCCAUUGCAGCUUGUGUAACGUGUCCCAAUCUUCUGGGGGUCGGGUAGUUUUUCUGGGUUUUUUAAAAGGUGGAAAGUUCACAGGGUCCAGUGCAAGAGUGAGAAAUGAAUAAAGCAGAAAUGGGUUUGUUGACCAGCCCCAGCUCCCCAUGUAGCCAGUGCUCAUCAUGGGUGUUGGUGGCCUGAUCCUGGCUCCCCAAAUCAGCAGCAGUUGGUGUCUCCUGCAAUGAGACUGGACCCUCUGGGGCAUUAGGAGGAAUAGAUAAACCCCAAACUUUGGAAUACCCUCUGUGCUUUGCUUAGAUCUGUCCAUCAAGCCAUUGGGGUGCUGUCCAGGCACCAGAGGGUCCCACAGGGCUCCAUCCUCAGCCCAUUUCUCUCCAACAUAUCAUUAACAACCUGGGUUCAGGACUCAAAGAGAUACUAAUUUUGCUGACACGCUAAACUGGGAGGAACUGUUGACACCCUCAAGGGCAGAGAGCCCUCAACAAAUUAGAGAUGGGCAAUCACCAGCUGUAUGAAAUUUAACAAGGACGAGUGUCGGAUUCUGCACCUGGGAUGGGCAGCCCUGGAUAGGCUGGGAGGCUGGAGAGCAGCACCAUGGAAAGGAAGCUGGGGAUCCUGGUCCAUGGCCCAUUGGCUCUGAGUCAGCAGUGCCCUGGCAGCCAGGGGGCUCAGCAAUGCCCUGGGGGGCACCAGGCCCAGCAUGACCUGUCCUGCUCUGCUCUGCACAGCCUCACCUCGAGUUCCUGGGGCAGUCCUGGGCACCACAAUAUAAAAAAGACCCCUAUUAGAGUGCAUGCCAAGGAGGCCAUGAGGAUGGGGAAGGGUCAGGAGGGGAAGCCUUAUGAGAUCACUUGGUUUGUUCAGCUGGAGAAAAGGAGACUGAGGGGAGACCUCGUUGUGGUCUUCAACAUCCUCCCAAGGGGCAGCAGGGAGGCAGGUACCAAUCUCUUCACUCUCAUGACCAGUGACAAGGAAUAGCCUGAAGCUGAGUCAGGGGAGGGUUGGGUUGGAUAGCAGGGAAAGGUUCUUCACCCAGAGGGUGGUUGAGCACUGGAACAGGCUCCCCAAGGAAAUGGUCACAGCACCAAACUUGUCGGAGUUCAAGAAGGGUUUGGACAAUGCUUUCAGGCACAGGGUGGGAUUCUUGGGGUGUCCUGCACAGGGCCAGCAGUUGGACUUGAUGAUCCUGAUGGGUCUCUUCCAACUCAGAAUAUUCUAUGAUUCUAUCGCUUUCUAUUUUUUUUUUUCCUUUUUUUUUUUUUUUUUUAGUAGGAGUAUGUAGCAUGUGGUUUUUAAAUUGUUUUUAUACUUUUAAUAAGAUUGUUCCUGAAUGAGACACUUGAGUUCAUGGUGGGACAAUGAAAUUGAAAUUCUGUACCUUGUGUAAGACGCUCGCUUUCUGCCACGCUUAAACAUUUGACUAUGGAUUGCCUACUCCAUUUGAUGUAUCCAAAGCUAUAUAGUAUAAUACUGAGUGUGAUACUAUAUAGUUAUCAUGUAUUGUAUCAGUCCAGGUUCAGAAAUGUGUGGUUGGCCAGUCGCAAAUAGUUCUGUUUCACCUAUAAACUUGUACCACCUCUGCAGGUGUGUGUAACUUUGAGAUGCAUAACAUGUUUACAGAUAUGCCCGACAUCUAGUCCUCUGACGUUUCUAUUUUUAAUUCUGUUGAGUCUCCCAACUGCUUGCCAAAAGUUGGAAUUGCCUCCAGCUCCACUGCUGAAGACCUGGGGCGUUCCUGAGCUUUAAAGUGUUGAACAAACUGGAUAGUGGGGCUGGGAAAAUGAAGGUGGAAGAAAUGUUCUUUUUCCUUUAUUAUUAUUAUUAUUAUUAUUUUCAAAAACUUGAAGGCUAAUAGCAAAGUUUCCAGUUUGUUUUACUGGCUUUAAGGCUCUGCUGUGUAUUUAUUUGCCUUGUGUAGUCACUUGUCGCCUUAAGGGCUGGGUUCCAUUAAAAAAAAAAAAAAAGACAAAAAAAAAAAGACAAAACCACCCUGUUUUGCUUCCCUGGGGUCUGUGCUGUCUUGUACCCUGCCCCAGGUCUGUGCUUGGGGCAAUGCAGGAGUUGAGCAGCACUAACCCUGCGCCUCUAGAAAGGUCUGAGUCUUGCUGAAUAUUUGAGGACUCUCAUCUUGGCCUAGUCCAAUCUGUCACCUGAAUAGCAAAAGAAAUGCUGAGAGAAGCUGGGUUCACGUGAUGGGUUGGAUUCCCCCUGAUGCUCAUCUCUGUGGCUUUGCCUCGCCAGCGGGACCCAUCCAGAAACACCCUCGGCAGCACCUUCUCUGCUGUAUUUCUGACCAUCCUCUGUUCAGAUGUCUGUCUGUCUGUCUGUCUCCAUGAGCUCCACGGCGUGUGCUCAGCGCUAAGCAGUUAGGAAUUCCUCUCUGAGCUCCUGUAGCUCCGGCUCCCUGGUAUUUCUGGGAUAGACUAUUGCCUAGAACCAGGCAGGACCAUGGAAGGAACUUCCUCGUGCUGUCGUGUAACUCACCCUGUUGCUGUCUGCAGUCCUCCCCAAGUCCUCACACAAUUCUUAACUGAGCACUUAUUAAAAAUAUCUUAAGAUUUAA